AGGCGGCUGGUGGUGCCGCAGGCGGGCAGGGCGGACGCCGGGGAGUACAGCUGCGAGGCCGGGGGCCAGAGGGUCUCCUUCCGCCUAGACGUCACAGAGCCCAAGCUGAUGUUUGCCAAGGAGCAGCCAGAGCGCAGCGAGGUGCGGGCCGAGGCGGGGGCCAGCACCACGCUGAGCUGCGAGGUGGCCCAGGCGCAGACGGAGGUGACGUGGUACAAGGACGGGAAGCAGCUGAGCGCCAGCCCCCAACCUCCCUGUCUGUCCCCAGAGCCCAAGUUGGUGUUUGCCAAGGAGCAGCCAGAGCGCAGCGAGGUGCGGGCCGAGGCGGGGGCCAGCGCCACGCUGAGCUGCGAGGUGGCCCAGGCGCAGACGGAGGUGACGUGGUACAAGGACGGGAAGCAGCUGAGCGCCAGCCCCCAAGUGCGCGUGGAGGCAAAGGGGAAGCAGAGGCGGCUGGUGGUGCCGCAGGCGGGCAGGGCGGACGCCGGGGAGUACAGCUGCGAGGCCGGGGGCCAGAGGGUCUCCUUCCGCCUGGACGUCACAGUUGGCCCGAGGAAACGCCCAGGCAGCUGUCACCCCGACAGCCUGGGGCUGCCUGCUGCCUUGCUCCUGCCUUGGUGUGCGGGUUUCCGGCGGGAGGUGGGAUGCCUGGUCCUGGCGCUCGGCCCGGCGGUGGUGCCUGUGCAAGAAGCUGGGCCCUUCCUGUGA